AACGACACGGGCUCCCCAGAAACGGCCGCGGCGCGUGCUCUAGAAAAGGAAGGCUGGAAAAGCGCCAGCAGCAAACGGAUCCAACCACUAUGAGCAAUAAAGGAGCGCGACAAUGAGGCAGAAUGACGCGUGACGGCGAGAUUCCAGCCAUCUUCAAUCCGAAACGGGUGCGAACUCCUUCCGUGGUGGUCACCGGCGACUCAUCCACGAAUGGCCCAUACAAUAAUAACAAUAGCGGCGGCGGCGGAGCGGGAGCCAGCAGUAGCAGCAGCACGGCAGUUGUGGUCGCACCAGGAUCGACUGCACCCAAUGGCAGUGGGACUGGAGCGACCGGCAGCUGCGGUUUCAGCAACGUGCUCACCUCAAGCAACCCGCAAAUAACCCACCAAGACUCGAUCUCAUCGAGCCAGCAGGAUCCCAAUGAGGUGAUCAUCAUACCGGCCGACACACCCACGAGUGCUCCCGGUAGCCACAAUGCAGCGCAUCACUUUGGCGGCGGUGACUCCAGCGACACGCAGACAGAGCAGCACCAGGCCAAUGGACAUGGAGAGGAGCCGGAACUACGUUUCAGGAAGCUGCAAGCGUGCAAGGAGUCGUGUUGCUCCGAGUUGGCCCGCAAGAUGUACUUUGGCGUGUGCGUGACCAUCCUGAUGACCGCCUCGUGGGUGGGGGCCACCCACUGCAUCAAAUACAUGUACAAGUACAGAGCUCCGUACGACGACGUGCUAAACGACGACCAGGACACGUCCUCAAGCCGCGCCGAGCUGAGCACAGAGCUGGAGGACAUACUGGCCAUCAGCGACUCAUCGCUGCAUCAUGUCGAGGACGCCACCGAGAUGUUCAACAUACCACCGCGCCAGCACGUCUAUUUCAGUGCCCCGUUCUUCGCCGCCUGGUUCUUCACCAACUUCUCGCUGCUCUUCUUUCCCAUCUACAUCCUGGGAUUAGUCUCCACGCGCAAAUGCGAGAAGCUGAGCGACAUCCUUGGCGACGUGGUGCGGGGAUUCCGGGAACGCGGCUUCACAGUGGGUCGCUUCCUCAACCGCUGCCUCUGCUUCUGCAUUUUGUGGCUGGUCACCACCUAUCUGUAUACGCUCUCCCUGCACGUGCUUUAUGCCACGGAUGCCCUGGCUCUGUUUGCCACCAAUGUGGCCUGCGUCUAUCUGCUCUCCUGGGUGAUCCUGCACGAGCAGUUUGUGGGCGUGAGAAUCGUGGCCAUUAUCCUCUGCGACACAGGAAUCGCACUGCUCGCCUAUAUGGACGGGAUCACAGAGAGCCGCACCCUAAGCGGCGUUGUCCUGGCCACGCUUGCCGGCGCCGGUUAUGCUGUCUUUAGGGUUAUGUUCCGCAAGGUGAUGGGCGAUCCACCGGUGAGCCAAAUCGCCUUCAUAUUCACCGCCCUGGGCUUUCUCAAUGCCCUGCUGCUAUGGCCCGUGGUGCUGGGACUCUACCUGACUGGCACGGAAAGCCUGACAUCGGAGAGCAUACCCUGGAACCUGCUGUUCGCGGCGAGCCUCCUGCUCCUGGUUUUCCACGUUCUGAUGCAGUUCAGCGCCGCCGUAACGUACAACAUGUUUGUGACAUUGGGUCUGAUUACCGCUGUGCCCGUUUCUGGUGCCCUCGAUGUCAUACUGUACAGUGCUAAUUUUGCGGGCAUGAAGCUGGCCGGAGUGAUUCUAAUCGGCAUCGGAUUUUUCCUCGUUAUGUUCCCUGAAAACUGGCCAGACUAUAUAACGCGAUUGUUGCGAAAGAGCGUUCGUGCCAUACUCCGUUACCAAUGUUGUUGUGAAUUAGCCGAAAUUCGCUAUGCUCAUUCGAAGCAUCAUAAUGCUGGGUCACAAUGCGAGAUGGGGUCGCGGCCCUCGGAGCGGUACUUCAACAGGUCAGCAUCCCACCAUUAUCGACUAUCGGACGGGAUACAUAAGGUCCCAUCUUCGUUCACCCUCUGGCCGUGUGAGAUGACUGAUCUGUCGCCGACCACCACUGGGUUUCUGCAUGGCCACGGCAGCGCCAACGCACAGCAUCACCAGCAACUUUUACACCACCAACAGCAGCAGCACCUCCAGCAACAGUUCCACCACCGGCAGCACUCGCUCCACCAGCAGCACCUGCAGCGCCAGCACUCGCACACCUCGCUCACCAAGAUCCAUCGCCAGAGCAGCAGUCACAGUGUCCACGGUGGCGCUGGACGAGCGGUGGCUGCCGGCGGGACCACCGGACGCCUCUUCUCCUACUUUGGGAACGAGCAUGAGCACGAGCACGAGCGGAAGAAGUCGGAGACGUCGUUCUUCAACCUGGGCUUCCGCCGGAAGUCCACCGUGGUUUACUACGCCCCAACCGAUUGAGCGGGGACUCCUUGCUCAGGCAUAUCAGGCGUGUAGCCACUUAAGCAAGAGAAUACAAUCAGGCAGAUUUAAGGACUUAAGUCGGAUCCGCUCUUAGUUUGUGUUUGUGUGUGUGUCAUUAUAUCAUAGUUAAUGUCGUCGUUGUUGUUGAUGUAAAAGUUAAAUCGGAACACAUGCAGUUACAAUUUUGCUCAAAUAUGAAAAACACAUUUAAAUGCUACAGUUACAGAUACAGAUACAGAUACGGAUGCAGAUGCAGAUGCAAGUACAGAUACACACCUGCACGGGGACUAGAGUCUCCAUCAGCGCCGGUCAGCAGAGUCCGCGACCCGCAUGCCCGUUGCCCAUGCCUCGCCUUGAAUCUUAGUCUCAAUUCCAGGACAAAGAAACCCAGAAAGGAGCCCUCAAAACGAGCUCAAAAGUGCCCCGAAAGUUAACUAUAUACGGUUAUAAUUUAAUACUCAUAAUUAUUAUGAAAUUGUAUAAGGAAUCGAAGCCAAUUGUUUUUAGCAAUUAUAUACAUACAUUAAAUAUUACGGAAAUGAUAAUAGUCAAAUAUUUUAAAAUGGAUUCACUCAAUGGCACACCUUAAGAAGAUAAAAAAAACGAUAACGAUAGCGACGGAAACGAACAAAGAAAUCCAACUUAUUUAAGGCAAAUAGUUGAUAGACAUCACAAAUAAAGAUCUAACUUCACCCCACAAAGAAACCCA